AUGACGGACGACUUCAGCAGAUACCGCAAAACAGCUGUGCUGAAGAAGAAGAAUGAGGCAGAGCAAGCUAUCAAGGAGUUCAUAGCAGAGAUAGAGGCCAAGGGGUACAGAACAGAAGGCAUCCGAAAAGACAGAGGCACAAAGUUUGGUAGCAAGAAGUUCGAUAAGUGGCUGAAGAAGAAGGGCGUACGAAUAGAGGAUUCUGCGCUAUACACGCCAGAGCAGAAUGGCGUAUCCGAGAGGGCAGUUGGGCUUGUGUGUGAGAAGGCGCGGGCCAUGCUGUUGGCAACAGAUUUGCCAGCAUCUCUGUGGGCUGAGGCAGUGCUAACAGCAACAGAUCUGAUGUACAGCAGCCCUACAAGGGCGUUGCCGCAUAGAGGGACGCCAUACGAGAAGUUCCACGGCAAAAAGCCAUCCCUGCUCCAUCUGAGAGUGUUUGGCUGCGUGGCGUACGGCAGGAUUCCGAAGCAGCUAGUUCGCGGCAAGAUGGCGCCCAGGAGCAAGAAGAUGAGGAAGAUAACGCUGACAAGGGAUGCUGUUUUUAUUAAGGAGGAUCUGGGGUUUGGGACGCCGCAGGGGAUUAUGGCGCCGCAGGAAGCUGUGGCAGAGAAAUCUGUGGCAGAGAAAUCUGUGGCAGCUGAGUCAACAGAAGAGUCAGAGAAUGAGACCCUAGCAGAUAUAGCGAAAGAAGCGCUAGGUUUGCUGGAUUUCGAGAAUCUUGAGGAAGAGGCACCUAUUGCUGCGUCUGUGAGGUCAGUUAAGCCGCAGGAAGGGGUCCCGAGGACCUACGCGCAAGCGAAACGCAGCGUAGGAGCAAGCGAAUGGCAGGAGGCCAUGGAGAAGCAGAUGGAGGCGCUCACGUCGAACGAUACGUGGCAAGAAGUUGAUCUGGAGUCGCUGCCUGCGAGGACCAAGGUCCUAUCUGGUAAGUGGGUCUACAAGGAGAAGGAGAAGGAGAAUGGCGAGCAGGUGAAGAAAGCAAGGUGGGUUGUACGGGGCUUUGAGCAGCAGGAUAAGGAUAUCAAUUGGGACGACUUGACCACAGCAACGGUCAGGGCCCAGACAACAAGGAUCCUGUUCGCUAUGGCCGCAGAGAAGAACUGGGAUAUCCAGCAGAUGGACGCUGUGGCAGCGUUUCUGAACGGGGAUAUCAAGGAGAACGUCUAUAUAGAGAUGCCCAUGAGGUGGCGGCAGAAGGGGAAGAUCUGCAAGCUGAAGAAAACGCUGUACGGCCUCAAAACGUCGUCAGGUGUGUGGUAUGGCCUGCAGACCUCAUUUCUGCAGAGCGUUGGAUUUGUACAAUCAAAAUACGACCCAGCACUGUUCAGCAAGCGUGGUGCAGAAGGUGUGGUAUUUAUAUCAUCUCACGUGGAUGACUAUCUGAUCACAGGGAGCGACAAGCAGGGGGUGCAGGAGUUGAAGAGGGCCAUGGCCAAGCGCUUCAAGAUGAAGGAUAUGGGCGCAGCUGUGAGCUAUCUUGGUAUGGAGAUAGAGAGAAAAGAGGAUGGGGUAAUUAAGCUGACGCAGGAGAGAUACCUGACGCAGCUGCUGAAGGAAACGGGUAUGUGGAAUGUGAAGUCAAAACCGACGCCUAUAGAGGCUGGCUUGGAGUUGAAGCCAGCUGAGGCAGGCAAGGCAGUGCGUCAGGAGGACUAUCGCAGGCUUGUUGGGAAGGUGCAGUGGCCAGCUGUGGUAACGAGGCCAGAUAUCAGCCAUACAGUGAGUCGUUUGGCAAGCGUUUCGAACACGCCUACUAAAGAGGCAUGGGGGGCGUUAAAACGCCUACUCCGAUAUCUGAGAGGCACGCUGAGGAGAGGACUGAGAUACGGAGGGAAGAGCGAGCUGAGAGGGUAUUCGGAUGCCAACUGGGCAGAAGGAGAGGACGGCAAGGCAACGACAGGGAUCAUCUUUAUGAUGAAUGGAGGACCUAUCCAUUGGUUCUCCAGGAAGCAGAACAUCGUUGCUCUAUCGACGUGUGAAGCAGAGUACAUAGCCGCAGCAACGGCGACGCAGGAUGCUGCGUGGCUAGGGCCCCAUGUACAAGAAAUGUUGGGAGAGAAGGAGCAAGCUGUGCCCAUUUUGGUUGACAAUCAAGGGGCCAUAGCGCUGGCGAAGAAAGAUGGCUGGAAUCGACGCACACGCCACAUCAACGUACGGUAUCAAUACGUGCAGGAGGCGCUGAGGCAGAGGAAGAUCAGGAUGGAGUAUGUUCCGUCAGAGGAGCAGUUGGGUGACGGCCUGACGAAGGCGCUGAAAACCGAGCUGUUCGAGAGGUGGCAAGUAAGGAUAUAG